UGACAGGCUAGCUCAUUUCUGCCUAUAACUUAAUUCGCUAAUUUUCAAAGUAGCCACACUAUCUAUAUUGUGCUACGUCGAUCAUUUUAUGUCAAACGUGUUUGUCAAGUGAAACCGGCAAUCAAAAUCAAAGCAUUUUAUUAGAAAAAUUGCCAAUUGCUAUUAGAAAAUAAGAUUAUUAAAAUAAAAAUUAAGCCUGCUCUACUUUCGUAGAUUGUAGAAAUGUAUUUUUAUGCAUUAUUCUUGUUACUACUAAGUAUAUUAUCUAACUGCCACGGCAACACACUACAAGGCACUAUUGAUCUGAAGCGGCUACAAAACAUCCUACAGGAAAAUGUGAAGAGUCAAGAUAUUACAUCAUUGUACUACUCAGUGAAGGGGCUGGCAGAACUUAAUGCUGACAUUCCAAAUAUCUGUGAAAUACUGAAAAACAUCAAGUAUGAUCCCAAAAACAUAGAACAGGUGUUCCAAGUGGCUAAUGCUGCUGCCAUAACCAGUUGCCAGAAUUUCAUGAGGCCAGAAAUCUUGAGUCCCGCUACACAAACACUAGACAGGAAGGAUGCCACUAUUGCUGACAUCUACCAUGCUGUCUUUACUCUAAGGGCAUUUGGCAAGGGCACUGUCUAUGACAAAGAAGAUGCUCUUAAGAAUCUUAUUCAGUUGUUGAAGAAGGAUGAUUCUCCAGCCAACUACGGCUACGUGUUCUCGCUGUGCGAGCACAUGGGGUGCGGCGCGUGGACGGCCGCGCACGCCGACGCCGUGCUGCUGGCCGCCGACGAGGCCGACGCCGCGCUGCACUUCGAGGGCGGCCUGCCCGCCACCGCCACGCUGCUCGCCGCCAUCCACAGGACGUUCAAAAACUUGAAGAAGCCGUCCCCUCUGACGGAGGAGCAGAGAUACAAGUUCGCGGAGUAUUUACUGACCAGACGGUCUGUCAACACGCCUAAGGGAGCCUGCUUGUUGCUCGAAGCGGCCAAUGCGCUCGCUGAUGAUGAGCCGACUCCGAUAAGCAUCUCCAUCAAGGGCAAGAAAUUCAUCACGUCGGAGUCUGACAGCAUUGAGUUCUCUAUCAGCGACCUGGUGGGCCGGCCCCUGCGCCUGCUCAAACCUGACGAAGUGCUCGCGCAGUCUGGCACGCGACUCGCCGACGACGUCGUCGUACUGUCCAAACAACCUCUGACACAGAAACCCAACGAACCGACCACUUUCGUGCUCAAUCUCAGCAAGAUUAAGGCUCAAUAUGGGCUGUACAAGAUUGCGUUGAGUGCUGGAUCUAAGACGACCAAUGUCAAUGUGGCGGUAUUAGGCGAGAUUCGCGUGAGCACCGUGGAAGUCGGCGUCGGCGACGUGGACGGCACUACCAGUCCCAAGCUGACCACUGUCGCAUACCCCAACAAGUUGACUGACAAGCUUCAGGCUGAUCAUUUGCAAAAAGUGAGCCUCAAGUUCAGCGUGCGCGACAAGUACGACAAGCCGGUCCUGGUGCAGCAAGCCUUCGUCCGCGUCGCCGCCGCCGACGACGAGACCAUCUUCGUGGCCGAGCCCGACAACACCAAGGCCUACAAAGUCGAACUCCGCCGUUUCCAACCCCAUCGCCUGGCCCGUCGGGACGUGCUGUUCAACUUCGGCAAGGAGGCGGCGGCGCGCGGCGGUGGCGCGGCGGCGGGCGCGGCGCGCGGCGCUCGGCCCGAGCUGGCGCACUCGUUCCGCGCGGCCGAGGCGCGUCCGGCGCGGCUGCUGUCGGACGUGUUCGCGGCGGCGUGCGGCGCGCCGCUGCUGCUGCUGCUGGCGCUGUGGGCGCGGCUGGGGCUCAACGCGGGCCGCCUGCCGGCCGCGCCCAGCGCGCUGGCCUUCCACGCGUCGCUGGGCGCCGUGCUGGCGCUGUACGCCUGCGUGUGGCUGCGGCUGUCCAUGUUCGAGGCGGCGCGCUACGUGCUGCCGCUGGCGGCGCUGACGUUCGUGUCGGGCCAGCGCCUGCUGCGCCGCCUGGCGCGCGACAAGCAGCGCUAG